AUGGAGCUCAUCACUGGGGCAGCGGGCUCCCUCCUCCCCAAGCUGGCCAUUCUACUGAUCUCCAACGAACACAGUCUGCAGAGAGGCGCCAGGAGCCAGGCUCGGUUCCUCCGAUCCGAGCUCGAGAGCAUCCAAGCUGCGCUGGAGGAAGCAUCCGGAGUGCCGAAGCGGCAGCUCGACAAACAGUUCAGGCUCUGGGUGGCCAGCGUGCAGGAGAUGUCCUACGACAUCGAGGACGUUGUCGAUGCCCUGCACCUGCAGCUGAGCCUCACCGGCUCCCCUCGCCGCCGUCGCUCCGGCAAGCUUGGCGUCGUGAGGGAAGCGAUCGACAUGUGCAUCGGCAUGAUGCUUCCGUGUAAGGCUCACCGUCGUCGGUCAGUCUUCGCACGGCGCAUCGAAGGGAUCAACGAACUUGUCCGAGAGGUGGCGGAACGCCGUGACAGAUACGGUGUUGUUGCUGCUGCUGCUGUUACGAAAUCGAGCACUGAGACGAGCCAUCCAUGGUUGAUGGCGAUGUACAGAGACGUGAGGAAGCUUGUUGGGUUAGAUGGCCCGGUGAAGGAGGUAGCCAGCUUGCUCCUGCAGGACCAAACUGGCAUCAUGUCACAGAAGCAACUGAAAGUAGUAUCUAUUGUUGGUGUUGGUGGCCUCGGCAAGACUACUCUUGCUAAUGUGACCUAUCAACAGGUUAGGGAUCAAUUCAUGUGCCAUGCCUUCGUUUCGGUGUCUUCCAAGCUUCCGGAUUUAAAAAGGAUAUUGAUUAGCAUAAUACGGCAAUUUAUGAGGCCAGAUUGUGUGAACACUGAAACAUGGGAUGAGAUGGAUCUCAUCAACAUGAUUCGAGAAUUCGUCAUCGACAAAAGGUACCUUGUUGUACUCGACGAUAUAUGGGAUACAUCAACAUGGGCAUAUAUCAGUUGUGCUCUGACUGAGAACAAUUGCUGUAGCAGGAUUAUCACAACUACUCGUAUAAUUGGUGUUGCCGAAGCAUCCUGUAGUGAUGUUGAUGGCACCAUCUAUAAACUGAAACCUCUCUCUUGUGAUGACUCCAGAAAGUUAUUUUACAAGAGGAUAUUCAACUGUGAGUAUGGUUGUCCAGCUGAACUAAGAGAAGUAUCUGGGAAAAUUCUGAAAAAAAUUGGUGGAUUACCAUUAGCAAUCAUGACCACAGCUAGUCUAUUAGCCAAUAAGCCCAGAACAAUAGCUGAAUGGUACAGUGUCCACACUUCCAUCGGCACUGGACUUGAAAAAAGCCCUACUGUGGAGAACAUGAGAUGGAUAUUGUCUGUUAGUUAUUAUGACUUGCCUUUGCACCUAAGGGCUUGCUUAUUGUACAUGUGUAUAUUUCCAUCUGGUUAUAUCAUUUCCACUGGUCAGUUGAUUUUAAGAUGGAUAAGUGAAGAGUUUAUCAACAAGCAGCAACAUGAGGGAAAUUUGUAUGAAAUAGGAGAGAAGUACUUAUAUGAGUUAAUUAACAGGAGCAUGAUCCAACCAGAGAGCAUUGAUGCUCAUGGCAGAGUGCAAACAUGUCGAGUCCAUGAUAUGGUACUUGAUCUAAUCAGCUCGUUGUCAAGUGAAGAAAACUUCGUAACUAUAUUAGAUGACCACCAAGAGACAACCAUUCCAAACAAGGUCCGUCGGCUGUGCCUCCAAAACUGUAAAGAAGAGCAUACAAGAUUACAGCUGGAGUCAAUGAGUUUGUCACAUGUAAGAUCGCUUCUUGCGUUCCACUGCAGCAGUAAUCUGAUGCCACCAUUUUCAAGGUUUAAUGUUUUGCGAGUAUUGGAUUUAGAGGGCUGCAGGGACCUGGAAAAUCGUCAUAUUAAAGAUAUAGGGAAGUUGUUUCAUUUGAGGCACAUAGGACUGAAGGAUACCAAAGUUACAAACCUCCCAAAGGAAGUUGGGAAACUAUAUUGCUUGCAGACGCUGGACCUAACAAGAACAUCUAUAACUGAGUUACCUUCAUCAAUUGUUGGGCUAAAGCAACUUAUGUGCCUUUAUGUUGAAAAGACUGUAAGGUUGCCUCAUGGGAUUGGGAGGAUGAAAUCUCUACGAGAGCUGUCAGAAAUCGACAUCAGUCUGUCCCCAAGCAUUGCAGAAGAGCUAGGCAAUCUGAAGGAGUUGAGAGUUCUCCAUUUUUUUGUGGAAGCAGGAGGACAUGGAAAUGCUUGGGGCACUGCCUUCCCUUCAGAUUCUGCGUUUGGAAGUGUAUGGGGCCACAAAGAAAACAAGCUUGAAGGAGCUAUGCCCAAGCUUGAGAACCUUGAGCUUGUAUUCAGUGUGAGGGAGACAAAAGAAGCCUUUGGAAAUUUUGAAUUUGGACUCGACAACAUCUCAGAUUCCCUCUCACAUAUGACAAUCAGAAUCAACUGUACAUGCUCCAACAAAACAGAAGUUGGGGAGGCCAAUGACGCUGUGCGGUACAUGGCUUCGUUAAGUUCAAAUCAGACCUGCAAAAUUGAGGUGAUCCGGCACUUCGAGGAUGAUAUGGCCCUGGAUGAAGGUGAAAGAGGGAAACUGCAUCAGCUUGUCCAUCAAAACCAUGGGAAGAGAUUGAAACAGAAAGCUGCACUACCCACUGUGGAGCUUCCAAAGAUUGGGCCAUGGGGAGGAACUGGAGGCAGAGCUCGUGAAAUCACGGUGGUGCCGCCUUGCCAUCUUGACAGUGUCACGAUCUGCAGUGGCGCCAUCGUCGAUGCACUUGCAUUUUCUUACAGAGAUGCAUAUGGGCAGCGGCAUUCUACACCAUCAUGGGGUGGUGUUGGUGGGAUCUCCCGAACGGGUCAUAUCUUGAUGCCAUUGGUGUUUAUGUCUGUUCACAACUCUGAGUUUAGAGAAGCUGACAGCUAG